CAAGGUGACAUGGCACAGCCAGGCCAUGGUGGCACAGACAGGCCAGGGUGACACAGCCACAAAAAGGUGGCACAGCCAGGCCAGGGAGACAUGGCACAGCCAGCUGGGAUCGGCCCAGCAGCACCAGAAUCAUCCCCAGGGUUGUCUUUGGAGACUGGAGCUGGAAGUGAAACCAGAUGAGGAGAUCAAAACCCCAUUGAAGGCAGCAGAAUAAAUCCAGUCUGGAGCAGUGUCAGACAAAGGCAGGAACAGCUGGAUCAAGUAAAGCACGAGGAAAAUUGGUUCCAUCCCUAGGGGGAGGGAGAAAGAUUUGUUUUGUCAGCCCAGAGCUGUGUGGGACCAAGUUUGAUGUCAGAGUGAGGGAGGGCUCAGGAGGUGCCAGAGGGAGGGGAAGGACGAGAGGGAUCUGCAGAAAGUGCCAGGGAAGGGAAGGGAAGGAGGUGGAGUAACCCUGCAGAAUCUGAGCUGCUGUCCUCAGCUCUGGGGAUGUAAAUUGAUGAGGUCAUAGUGUUUUCCAGUUACAGAAAAGAAAGUUAAAGAAGGGGGGGAAAAAAAAAAAAAAGAAAGUUUUCAGCUUGUUUUUCAAGAGAGGAGAAAACUCCGAGGAGCCGAAGAAAUGGAGCAACUUUUAAAACUCCUCUUGUGGCAGAUUUUGCUUCAGCAAAGUUCUGUGUGCUCAUAUUCAGUCCCAGCCGACGCCUCCAACCCCGCCAGCGUGGUGGUGUCCGUGCUGAACAUCAGUGCAGCUCUGGGCUCCCAGGCCGUGCUGCCCUGCAAGAGCCACCGCAUGGUGUGGACCCAGGACCGCCUGAACGACCGGCAGCGCGUGGUGCACUGGGACCUGCUCAGCUCCUACUACGGGGACGGCAGGAUGGAGAGGCUCUGUGACAUGUACUCAGCUGGGGACCAGCGUGUCUACAGCUCCUACAACCAGGGCAGGAUCCUCAUGCCCGAGAAUGCCUUUGCGGAUGGGAAUUUCUCGCUGGUGAUCAAAGGUGUUGCAGAGAGUGAUGCAGGCACAUACUCCUGCAAUCUCCACCAUCACUACUGCCACUUGUACGAGACGGUGAAAAUCCAGCUGGUCGUGGCCAAGAGAGCAGGCGAGGAGGCCAGCGAGUACUGGGACGGCGAGAAGCCGGUGCUGGUGGCCCCGGAGGGCAGCACGGCGACGCUGCCGUGCGUCAACCGCCAGCACAUCUGGACGGAGCGGCACAGCGAGGAGGAGCAGCAGGUGGUGCACUGGGACAGGCAGCCCCCGGGGGUGCCCCAGGACCGCGCCGACCGCCUGGUGGACCUGUACGCCUCCGGGGAGCGCCGCUCCUACGGGCCCCAGUUCCUGCGGCAGAAGAUGAACGUCACGCGCGGGGCCUUCGCGCUCGGGGACUUCUCGCUGCGCAUCUCGCGCCUGGAGAGCGCCGACGAGGGCACCUACUCGUGCCACCUGCACCACCACUACUGCGGCCUGCACGAGCGCAGGAUCUACCACGUGGCCGUGACGGAGCCCCAGAGGGAGAGGAAGGUGGUGAACAUCAGCACGCACGCCGUGGUGCCCGCUGCGGAUCCCAACGUGGUCAGGGGCCACAAUGUCAUCAACGUCAUCAUCCCCGAGAGCAGGAUGCACUUCUUCCAGCAGCUGGGCUACAUCCUGGCCACUCUGCUGCUCUUCCUCGUGCUCCUCAUUGUCGUGGUGCUCGUCACGCGCCGGCGCCGGCAGAGGGGUUAUGAAUACAACGUGAAGAAAUAUGGAGAGAAGGAUGUGAAUCUUAAAGAAUUCACAGUGGACACAACAGACCUGACCCCACACAAAAGUGAAGACAUCAGGCUGGAUUACAAAAACAACAUCCUGAAGGAGAAGGCUGAGCAAGCCAGGAGCUUCCCAGCAAAGAACAUUGAUUUAGACAAAGAUUUCAGGAAGGAAUAUUGUAAAUGAAGACGCUCCCAAGCUGCUGGCUGGACCAGAAGCUUCCAUCCAAGACAGAUAAUGUGGAAGAGAGAUGGCUUUUCUUAAUUCCAUCUCCCUCCAGUUCCCACAGAAUUUUUUCCACAUCCACUUUUUAUUUUUUUUCCCCCACACAAGGGUGCAAAUGCUUCAUGAAAGAGUUAAACUGUCUUGUGUGCAUUUAUGGGGUUGGGUUGCCUUUUCUUCCUCUGUUCUCCCAGUCCUCCCUUCCCCUUUUCUUUCUUGACAAUUAUUGUUGGAUUUUAUGCAUCGAUGAUUUUUAUGAGCUGAAUCAGCAGAGGUUUUUGCUUUGAUGUUAUUGCUUUAAAUAAAACCACCUGCAUCACUAUUCCUGAGCCAUCGUUGCACCAGGCAUUUUUCCAUGUGGUGGAUCCAUCAGGAGAACAAUGGCAAAAGCUGAUCCCUGUCCUAGGCUGGCAAAAAUCAUUUCACACACAACUUGGCACCUCCCAGGUGAAGCACAACCCUCCCAAAACCUCCUUUUAUCCGUGGGGAAAUGUCAAUAUCCUCAUUUUACAGGGAAAGGAAAGCACACCAAGGGCUGAGGGCUCAGCUCAGAGCUGAACUCUGCAUUUCUCACCCCGUUUUUGUUGAUUUGUUUCUGUGUUUCAGCACAGCCCAGAGCAGAUGUGGUGGAUGCAGUCCCAGUGCUGUAAAUUCCAGUCUCAGGUAGAUCAGGAGCAGGAAUUUUGUGCACAGGGCUGAGCUCCUGGGGGCAGCCUGGGCUGGGAUUUUUCUGCACCCUGGGCUGGAUCCAGGCCACACAGAGCACAUCCCAAAGGUAGGAGCCAGCACAGGGAGAGGCUGAAAGGGACCAACAGCAGGAAUUCCAUGGCCCAGGGGCUCAGAAAGGAAAUCCAGGAGGGGAAUGAGUCCAUCCCCAUGGAUUUGGGGUGGAUUCCUGGGGGGGUUCUGCCUAUGAACACUCCCAGGUGGGGCUGCCAAAAAAAUAGGAAGUGAUUCAGUGUUGCAAGUCCAGACUUCAGGAACGCUGUAAAUGGGAUCAGUCCUUGGGGCAUGGAAGGAAAGAAAAGUGUUUGCUGCUGUUGUGAGGGUGGUGACAGGGACUUGGUGAGGGUGAGGUGACCAGGGAGUGCCAUCCCUCUGUUUGGUGGCCUGAGGGGGUGGCAGAGGGGGGGAUUUGUGUGAGUGGAGCUGGGGCAGCACCUCCAGAACUCUUUUCUUGCCAGUUUGGGGGUCUUGUCUGACUGAUGCCAACGUUCUCAGGCAUCCAAAUCCCAUCCAAAUCCCAUCCCAAUCCCAAAUCCCAUCCAAAUCCCAUCCCAAUCCCAAAUCCCAUCCCAAUCCCAUCCCAAUCCCAAAUCCCAUCCAAAUCCCAUCCAGCACCUCCAGGACUCUUUUCUUGCCAGUUUGGGUGUCUUGUCUGACUGAUGCCAACGUUCUCAGGCAUCCAAAUCCCAUCCCAAUCCCAAAUCCCAUCCAAAUCCCAUCCAAACCCCAUCCAAACCCCAUACCAAUCCCAAAUCCCAUCCCAAAUCCCAUCCAAAUCCCAUCCAGCACCUCCAGGACUCUUUUCUUGCCAGUUUGGGUGUCUUGUCUGACUGAUGCCAACGUUCUCAGGCAUCCAAAUCCCAUCCCAAUCCCAUCCCAAUCCCAAAUCCCAUCCAAAUCCCAUCCAAAUCCCAUCCCAAUCCCAAAUCCCAUCCAAACCCCAUCCCAAUCCCAAAUCCCAUCCCAAAUCCCAUCCAAAUCCCAUCCAGCAUCUCCAGGACUCUUUUCUUGCCAGUUUGGGGGUCUUGUCUGACUGAUGCCGACGUUCUCAGGCAUCCAAAUCCCAUCCCAAUCCCAAAUCCCAUCCCAAUCCCAUCCCAAUCCCAAAUCCCAUCCCAAUCCCAUCCCAGCCCCGUCCCUCCUCCCAGGGGCACAGGGAUCUCUGCUGGCUGUGGCAGGGCUCAGAGGGUGGCAAGGCUCCUCAAAACCGAGCUCAGCUCUGCCCCAAACGUGGUGGGUGAGGCCUCCGGAGGGGCUGUGACACCUUCACAAGGUGGGAAGUCACAGCAGUGCACUUUUCAUGACAAAUAAACCAUGGACAUUUUUCCAGUCUGUUACUGGGGGCUGUGUGAAAGAAUAAUUGUAUUGGGGGCCUUAUUUUCAAUGUCUUCAAGCAGUAAAAAUAUUAAUAAUAGAACAGAACCAGAGGUGCAGGUGAGCCUUCCUAAGCUGCAGCUGAGCUGAGCCUCAUCUUUUAAUUUCUUGGCCCUUCUAAGAAGUUGGAAGGGCCAAGAAAUUAAAGGAACUGCUCUCCACAGUUUCUUUUGUGAUGUGUAAUGAAUUCCCUUUAUCCUCACUGAACAUCCACCCCAAGAAGUGCCCGGGAUUAGUGCAGAGGAAGCCCUGGGGUUGAUCCCCAGCCCCUUUUUGCCCUGCCCCUGAAGCAGAGAGGGGUUUUUCCCCUGCCCUGGAAGGCAGGCUGCAUUCCUGCAGGUGCAGGAGGCUGUGCUGCUUCUUCCAUCAGGGUGGCACAGCCUCAAUAAUUGUCAUUAAAGUUCCUCUCCCUCCCUUUCAUGUCACUGAGUCAAAGGAUGGAGAUUUUUUUUCCUUGCCAGCUCCAAUUGCUCAGCACAGCUCAGAGUGGGGUUACUCAUAAACUCCAGAGGCAUUUCAGUAUUUAUCUGACUCCUGGGCUGCAGAAUAGCUUAAGGGGGAUAAAAAUGAAUAUAUUCUGUGAAACGGGGGGUGGGAAGGGCUCUGUGAGUUCCUCAUGCUUGCUUUGACCACUGGAUUUGGGUAAUGGGCAGAGAUGCCAGGUGGGGAUGGGAUGGGAUUCUGGCCCAGGAUGAUCCUCUCCAAACAUUUAAGAAAUAAAGGAGAAUAAAAUGGACUUUCCAGCUCAGGUUGAGUUUAUUUCUUGCCCUUUUGGAGGUGUUCUCUCAGCCAGCAUUAGCUAAUUCUUCCCAAUAGCUGCAGGGGUGUUUCAUCUCAGAGCAUCCCAAAGUGCCUGACAAAGUGCAGAUUGAAUCCAAUAAAUUAUUCCAGUGAUUCCAAUAAAAUUUCCACCUGGGACUUCAUUACUUGACAGGGUCACGGGGCCCCCAGAGGAAUUUCAGCUCUCCAGAAAUGUUGUAUAAGGAACAAAUCUGCAGCUGGAGACGGAGCUCAAACCAUCCAGCAGAGAGGGAGCCUGGCAGCCCUUCUAAAUCUCCUUUUGCAGCUCCAGAAGGGAAGAUAACAUUUCCUGCUGGAAUUUAGAUCUCCCUGCCAGCCCAAAUUCCUCUUUUCCUUGCAGGACUAACACCUUGCACAGCUCCUGCUGCACAUUCUGCUCCUGGAGGCCUCCCAGCCCCUGAGCUGGCAGAGCUCUCCCAUCAUCCCCACUGAUGGAAGCAGCUCCUGGACACUGCAGGGACAAGGAUUCAAGGAUCAAGGCAGGAUGUUGGGAUAAUUCACUUCUGGGGGAUUUUGGAAGGAAUUAGAGACAGGAUCUCUGAGCUGGAUUUGAUGAUGGGUUUAUUUUUCUUAUCUUCUGCAUAAGCAGGAAGGGUGAGUUCAGCUCACAUCUUCACAGCAGGGUUCAGAAGGUCACAAGCCCCUUAGUUACAAGUCCUUUUAAAGAUUUAUUAACCAAUAAAACACUGCCAACAAAGAUAUUUAUGAUUUUGACCCAAUCCUUAAAUAUUUCAUCCUAUGGACCCAUGUUACAGUGUAAGCUUUCUGAGUUAAUCAUGUUAUGACACACAAACCUACAGUUCUGCACUCUAAACUCCUUAUUUACCUCUGUAACUGCUUUUAUUUUUAUAGCUGAGAUUUUUUAUAUAUUUAAACUUAAAUGUUUUAUAUCUAGAAGGUUUAGAUGUAAAAGGACCUAAAACACAAAUAAAUGUUCAUUACAUUUAAGCCCCGGGGAGCUUUGCAGAGGUUGCUGCAAAGUCUUUUGCUUCCCUCUAGUGUUGAACGUCUCCAUUUCCUCGUCAGUGACUGCCCAAGGCCCACUGCACACAGGGGGAAUAAAUGGGAAAAAACCCUUGCAGAUCUUCCAGACCAGAUCCAGGAGAAGUUGAAAUUCUCUCUGCUUCUCAUUCUGCUCUGGGACCAUUUCCAUCUUUAGCUCAUCUUCUGUGUCAAUGCCAAUCUUGCCAACAAUCCUCAAGGUGAAAUUUUAUUAUUUUACAGAUAAAUCCUGGAUGUGAAAACCACCCUGCACACCUCUGGCUGGCUGCUCAGAGCUCUGGUUUCUUUUGUCCCAUCUUUUCACACACUUAUUUUGGGAAAUACUGCCAGAUUUUUUUGCCCAAGAACAGAGAGGUUCACUUCUUUUCCCAGGGAAUAUUAAGGUCAUGUGUUCAAGAAUUGUUUUAGAGAUUCUGCAGUAAAAAUUCAGAAUCCCUAAACGAAAACCACCUUGGGGCAGUGGUUCAGGUCAGCAGCUCUGCCUGAGCAGAGUGUGAUGAGCUCUCAGAAUUCCCCAAGACACACAACAAGCCUUGCUGUAAUUCCAAAAAAGGUUUUAAAGAAUGGCUUUUUAAAAGGGUUUGCUCAUUCCCUGUGUGGUAACUGCUGUGUCAGUGAAGAAAAGGGUGAGCAGCUUUUAUCCCUCAGGACAUUCUCUGCUCCCUGCACGACUAUUCCCCCUAUCACAGGGAGCACAGCACUACCAGCAAGAGAUUUAUUUAUUUUUUGCUGAAGUGUUAAGGCCUGAGCUCUGCCAGACUCGAGGUGUUAGCCCUGGUGGGCCAGGGGUGCACCCUGCAUUCCUCUGUCCUCUCUUUAAUUGGAUUAGCUGCUGGUUUGACUGCAGCAUGAAAGUGAUCUCCCCUCUUGUGUGCUUUUUGUGAGUCACAGAGCCAGCCCGCUCGCUCUGCUCGGGGUAAUCAUCUGACAAUUAUUAUUUCCAGCUGUCAGGAGUGAAAGCGAAGCGCAGGGAGCAGGAACAGAGCUCUCAGCAG